CAAUAUCCAUAACCCUUAGCUGGCCAGCGCUAUUGCUUAGCAACCAUGGCAACAGAACCUUGCGACGAUCCUGACUGUCCAAGAUGCCAUCCAGCCACCUCUAUACCGAAUCACCUCCACUACUCUCUUUUCCGACAAGAGCUAGUAUGUGAAGGCAAACAUUAUUGGGCUAUUAUUAUCGCCGCUGUCCCACUUCUCUUUGAACCUACCCUCACGACAAAUCUUCUACCGGCCAAGUUCAUAGAUGGAGAGCAGAAUUGGACACUCAUUGCCUUCUUAUUUUUGUUGUUCUUUCAAUCGACAGCAAAACAUGGCGCACUUGCAGCCGCUUAUAGCAGUAGUUCGGGAUUUGUGUUUCUUUUACUUGGCUUUUUCUUGCUACGAGGCAAUUCCAUCUUGCCACUUGAACAAGGUCAAUCUAUCUUGCCUUUCAAAAUAAGCAACCCAGCCCAUGUCCAAUCUCUACUUUUGGCGCUAGGAACAUAUUAUGGUUCUCCGACACUUAGUUCGAGCUAUAGGCCUGGCAUUGUCGAAUCUGGCCCUUUGCGAUAUGGAUAUCGCAACUACAUAAUACUCUACGUGAACCUUCGUCAAAGGAUUCCCUCAUGGUCUCAUUUCCCCCUCUUGUGGCUCGCUUUUCACCCGUGGACCGGGUGGUGGCUUCUUGGGAGUUCUCUCUGCGUAACGUGGCAGUAUGUACGGGAGCAUCAUCGAGAGGUCGCAGCUGAGAUCACCGACAACGCUGAGAAGGCCAAGAUACGUGCCUCGUCGCUUUUGACCUGGGCCAGGGAUGAAGCCGCAGCGGCAGAGAGAUGCGAGCUUCAGGUUCACCACUUGGCAACAAAAAUGAUGCGCGAUGCCCUGUCUUCCCACUAUGUCGGACUUGCAGGCUUCUAUCACGAAGAAGCAGCGAGGCAAUCACCUGAAGGGAAGAUACGCUAUGAUGAAACGGCUGAGCUUACAUCAGAUUUCGCCAUAAGAGUCACGGAGGAUGCACAGAAAGCUACGGCGGCAGCUAGGGCCGUAAGGGACUCGACUGAUUGCGUUAAUAAACUCACAAUCGAUGCUAAAUCCCUAGCGGCGAUUGGGGAUAUUGAAGCAGCUAAAGCAGUUGUGAGCGAUCUUCAAGUGGCCCUGGAAGGCUGCGAGAAGAGCCAUGGUGAUGCCGUUGUUGCCAGAGAAAGCGCCCAGCGGAUGAUGGCCAGGUUUCACUACAAGAAACUCAAUAAACUUCAAGAGAAUGAAGAUGAAGAGAAUGAAGAUCAAGAAGACGACCCACCUACACCUCAACCAAAAGAGUCUGAUGAAGCCACUGAUGCGCCUGGAGUAGACUAAGAAAAGGAGUGGAACACUACACGAGAGAAAUACCAAUACUAGAAGAAAUACAGGACCUGUGUGUGUGAGACGAAUUCAUAAGCUUGUCCAGAACCGAA